CGUCAUUACAAUCAUUCCGGAGGAAACAGUCAAGUUGUUUGAGGAGGUCGCAGUCAGCGCUCUCUGCGCUAAUGUAGAGCGUUUAGCCAAGCCCAGCGGAAUCAUUAGAGUGUGAAGCCGCAGACACACUAAAGGCGUUCCCAUGCUGCUGUGUCGUGUUGGCUCCGUGAGCUGGGGACUGGGCUUGCGGAGCGGCGCCCUGCGCGCCCCAGCGCUGUCCUGCAGGAUCCACCGCGUGGGGACCUCCGGGGACGCGGCGCGCUUCCGCGACACGGUGCUGCUGCCCCACACUCACUUCCCCAUGAAACUCAACAAUCAGAAGCUGCUGGAUCGAGAGCUGCAGAUCCAAAGGGAAUGUGGUUUUGAUCAGUUGUACACCUGGCAGAGGGAGAGAAAGGCUAAGAAGGAGUUUUGUCUUCAUGACGGCCCACCCUAUGCUAACGGAGACACUCACGUCGGUCACGCCCUCAACAAAAUUCUCAAGGAUGUCCGUAACCGCUUUGAGGUGCUGCGUGGGACGAGGGUUCACUACGUGCCCGGCUGGGACUGCCAUGGUUUGCCCAUCGAACUCAAGGCACUGGGGCAGCUGCAUGCAGGCGACCUGACCCCUCUGCAGGUCAGGCGGAAAGCACGGGAGUUUGCGGAGGCUGCCAUAGCACGUCAGCGAGCAGCAUUCCAGCGCUGGGGCAUCAUGGCAGACUGGGGCAACUGUUACUACAGCUUCAGUGGGCAUUAUGAAGCCACACAGCUCCGCAUCUUCCAGGACAUGCACAGCAAGGGUUUGGUGUACCAGGACUACAAGCCUGUUUUCUGGUCUCCCUCAUCCAGAACGGCACUGGCCGAGGCUGAACUGGAGUACAACUCUGAGCACCUGAGCAGAUCCGUGUACGCUACGUUCACCCUGACAGCCCUGCCACCCAAACUGGCGCCAAGCUUGGAGGCACUGGGAAAGGUGUCUGUGCUGGUAUGGACAACACAGCCAUGGACAAUACCAGCAAACCAGGCCGUGUGUUUUAUGCCCAAAGCACAGUACUCUUUGGUGAAGAGAGUGGAUAGUGAGCAGCUCCUCCUAGUGGCCACGGAGCGUAUUGCCAGUCUGACCUCUGCACUGGGCACUGACUUACAGAAUGUGACCACAUUUGUUGGGUCUGAUCUGGAGGGCGGAGUCUGCCAGCAUCCCACAAUCUCUGGGAAGGAGGUGCCGCUCUUGCCAGCUAAUCAUGUGACCAUGGCCAAAGGAACAGGAUUGGUUCACACUGCUCCUGCCCAUGGCAUGGAGGACUAUAGUGUUGCCACUCACUUCAGCCUGCCAGUGGAUUGCAUGGUGGAUGAGGAGGGAAGGUUUAAUGAGCUUGCUGGGAAAGAUCUCCAGGGCCAGGCUGUGCUGGACAAGGGUACAGACACAGUGAUCUGUAUGCUGCAGGCCGCCGGUGCACUGGUGAAGGAGGAGUGGUGUGUGCACAGUUACCCGUACGACUGGCGGAGUAAGACGCCGGUGCUGUUUAGGCCCAGUAAACAGUGGUUCAUCAACACAGCCAACCUCAAAGACAAGGCCAAGGAAUCCCUGCAGAAGGUAAAGGUAAUACCUGAGUCUGCCAGGGCCACUCUGAUGGCCAAGCUGGAUGGACGGACGUACUGGUGUAUCUCCAGACAGAGGAGCUGGGGUGUACCAAUACCAGUGUUCUACCACAGAGAAACAGGAGAAGCACUACUCAACAAGUACACAGUGGCUCACGUUGCCAAGGUGUUCGAAGAGAAAGGAAGUGACAGCUGGUGGGUGGAGCCUUUGGAAGCAUUGCUUCCUGCUGACGUCCUCAAAAAGAGUAAUGCAGGAUCAGUGACAGAUUAUGAGCGUGGAGAGGACGUGUUGGAUAUAUGGUUUGACAGUGGAACAUCCUGGGCUGCUGUAUUACACGGUGGGUCAGCUUCAGACCCCCAUGCUGAUGUGUGUAUAGAAGGGAAGGAUCAGCUUGGCGGUUGGUUCCAGUCAUCUCUGCUAACCAGCGUGGCUGUUCGCAACAAAGCACCUUACAAGGCUCUGGUGGUCCAUGGAUUUGUGGUCAGUGAGAAAGGAGACAAGAUGUCCAAAUCUCUGGGCAACGUGAUUGACCCUGACAUCGUCAUCAACGGUGGACCGGAUCCAGUCCUGUCUCCUGCGUAUGGCGCAGACGUAUUGAGGUGGUGGGUGGCAGAAUCCAACGUGUUCUCUGAUGUCCAGAUUGGCCCCAAGACGCUGAAUACAGCCAGAGACAGCAUUUACAAGCUGAGGAACACACUGAGGUUUAUGCUGGGGAACCUGCAAGGAUUUGACCCUCAGACGCAGGCUGUGGACCCCAAACACAUGCACUACAUAGACCAGUACCUCCUGCACCUGCUCCGGGAGUACAGCAUCAAGGUAAGCGACGCCUACAGUGAGUUUGACUCUGGUCGGGUGAUCCGUCUGCUGCAGGCCUUCAUCAACAGAGAUCUGUCCAGCUUCUACUUCAGCAUCAUCAAGGACAGGCUGUACUGUGAUGCUGAGAACUCGCUGGGCAGGAGAUCGUGCCAGACGGUUCUGGAGGAGAUACUGGAUGGUGUGACGCGCUCCAUCGCUCCCAUCCUGCCUCACCUGGCCGAGGAGGUGUAUCAGUAUGCACCUGGGCAUGAUGAAGGUGAGACCCUGUUCCAGAGUGGCUGGAUUAAGAGCAGUUCCGUGUGGCGGAAGCCAGGAUUGGAGGAGGCCGUGGAGGGGGCGUGUGCUAUCAGAGACUCCUUCCUGUCCUCUAUCCCAGGACGCAAUGCUGUGGAGUAUGACCUCACCGUUGCCAUCGAGCCCGGCCUCCUCUUCGAGCUCAUGGAGUCUCUACAGGAGGAGCCCACCUCCACCUGCUCCCAGCUGACAGAGCUGAUGAUGGCCUCCCGCACCACCCUGAGGGAGGCGCUCCCCCGCGACCUGCCCGCUGACGCCAUCACCGGCCGGGGCACUUUUCUCAUCAACCUGGAGGGUGGCGUUAUCCGUGAGGAGAGUACCUACAACAUCGCAGCAGUGCCCAUCUCUCUCACGCGCUGCCCUCGAUGUCGACGCCACACGGCAGAGACGCCCGACUGCCUGUGUCCACGGUGCCAGACUGUUGUGAGGGAAGCCCAGUGAAGCCUUGCGUCACCAUAACAACCGUGCACCUAAAGCUCCUCCUCCUCCGGUCACAGCAGCCAAUCCAUGCAAAGCAAAGGAUUGUUCCAUAACCAUAGUUACCUGAUGUGGACCUAUGUAGAUCAUGUGGUCAGCAGUUUUAGAAAGUAAUGUUUAGGAAAAUCACAUCUGCAUGAGGUCUGGGGGAAAAUAAUGAGCAUGCACACAGUGUUUAGUACAGUGACGUCAGUCGCUGUGUUUGAAUAAGAAAACAAGUUUGGUAUCAUUCUGUAUUUGAGGUACCAUAAACCCCCACGUCAGUCCGGAGUCCAGAACCUGACCCAUCGCUGAAGAUGGAUGUUUGGCAGGAUGUACGUGUGUGUGUAAAUAAGUGAGAGUAACAGUGAGGGGACAACUGCCAACUGUUAAUUUUUCAUUCUUUCUAAAGCCAAAAGGAAGGGCUGCCUGUAAGGCCUGUGUGUGUAUGAAGAAAGGUGAAGAUUAUUUUACUGUUCUUGGUUGUACUGGCUUUACCUCCACAACAGGUGCUGUACUGUCUAACUGCUUUUCCCUAUACACCAACCACAUUGAAUAAAAGGCAUAUUUAAACUUUA